AAGUUUUCUAUCCACAUUGAAUGUAUAUCACCUUCACCCCCACCUAUUAUCGAGGAUAAAAGUCAUCAACAUCCAUUUACCUUGUUUUGGAGACGAGUUCCAUUCAUUUGUGAUGCGUGUGGCACUGAGGGAAAUCAUGUUGCAUAUACAUGAGGUACAUGCAGCGUUAUAGUCCACAAAAAUUGCAUCUCAUUGCCCCGGAUUAUCAAAAGCAAGUGGCAUGAUCAUCGUCUCUUUCACACAUUUUCUUUACGAAGAAGAUUUUAGAACUUAUGAUUGCAUAAUAUGCCAUGAGGAGGUUAAUGUAGGGCACGGUAGCUAUUCUUGUUCAAGAUGCAGUGUGAUAUUCCAUGUGAAUUGUGCAAUGAAAGAUAAAAGUUCGUAUUCUAUAGUAGAAAAUGAAGAUGAGGAAUCUGUUGAUAUAUCUGUUAAUUCCAUAACUAACUUCCUCGAAUGGAAUGACGCCGACGAAGACACAGUAAUACAACAUUUCAAGCAUAUUCACCACUUAAUGUUAAGUGACAAAGUAAGUGCGUAUGAAAAUAAAUGUUGUGAUGGAUGCUUGUUACCGAUCUCAGCUUCAUUUUACUACUGUUUGCAGUGUGAUUUUUUUCUUCAUAAAGUUUGUGCUGAGUUAUUGAAGAUAAAGCAUGUUUGGCAUCAUCGUUGCCAAAAACCAUUACUCCUCACUUCGGGCGAAGUUUUUCGAUGUGUAAAAUGUGAUUUUGGGUCCGAUGCUUUUUCCUAUAAGUGUGAAGAAUGUGGGAGAUAUACAUGCCUUCGAUGUGUUCUUGCUCUUAUACCCGGUGCUCAAACAUGUCUAGGACAUAAGCACCCCCUUCGUUUUUAUACCGACCAUACAGGGCAAUGUGAUGCUUGUGGUGAUGAUGAUAUAAAAGGAUUGUUCCGUUGCAAGGAAUGCAAUUUUUCUUUAGAUCAUAAAUGUUUUUCAUUGUUCGUUACCAUGGAGAACAAAUGUGAUGGACAUCUUCUUUCACUCACUUAUCAUGAUAAUAACAGUUAUUCAGAAAGUCAUUAAUGCGAUGUUUGCGAAGAAAGUAGAGAUUCAAAAUUUUGGUUUUAUCAUUGUGCAACCUGUGGUACUUCAGCUCAUGUCGAUUGUGUUCUUGGACAAUAUCAGUUCAUCAAGCUAGGGAGUAUUCUUCAACUAGGAGAGGCUGUUCAUGAGCAUCCUGUCACUGCUGUUAAAAAGUUGUAUUACUAUCCAGAUUGCAACAAGUGUGGUAAGCCGUGUGUAGAUUUGUCUUUCGAUUGUACAAAAUCCGGAUGCAAUUAUAUUCUCCAUAAUGUAUGUCCAUGAUAACAAUUUCAGUUGUUCAAAUAGGGAAGACAAAGA